GACAGGGUCUUUGUGCUCAGUGACUUUUCCAUUAGCCAUAACUGUCGAUUAAAUGAACCAUUACGCAGGAGGAUGGAGGGAAGUCAGACGUUUCAGGGACAACGUGAUCCUUACACCUGGUUCACAGAGUCUCAGCUCCAGUCUGUCAUCAGGAACGGUGUAGUCCCGGAGUGGUUUCAUGGGAUCAUUUCCAGAAAGACAGCAGAGGAACUGCUAAUGGCUAAGCCGCCGGGUUACUUCCUCAUCAGAGUCAGUGAGAGCAGGAUCGGCUACACUCUCUCGUAUCGUGCCGAGGACCGCUGCAGACACUUUAUGAUUGAUGCACUGGAACAUGGCUCUUACAUCAUAGUGGGGGAAAACAGGUAUCACCGGUUUCUGCAUGACCUGGUGGACUUUCAUCGUAGAACUCCCAUCAUGCCUUUCACUCAAGUGCUGACUGUUCCUUGUGGACAGGCUUCUAAUGACAAGACUGACUAUGCAGAACUACUGUUUUGCUCAAGAGGUCCAGACUCUAGGGCCAGUUUGCCACCAAACAACUUCCAGGUUCCCAGCAUAAAUCCACCAGGGUCAAGAGAGGAUAUCCCACCUGCCCUUCCUCACCGCCCAAAUUAUUUGGGAAACUCACCAAUUUUGCCUCCAAAAAGCCAAACAAAUAGACUCUACCCUUCUUUGGAAGAUGAGUUUCAACACAAUACCUCUCCACCACCAGCACUGCCUGUCCCAACACCCAGGAAGAAAUAUACAGGUGAUAAUCCUCCAUCCAACCAGCCUCCCGAAGUCCCUUCUCGAGACUGCAUGGCUCUGAAGCAGAAUCAGGCUGUCAGAACAGUCUCUGCUCCUGAGAAUCUGCCCACGUUUGCAGGCUCCGAACAACCGCCCACUACCAACAACCAGCAAGUGAGGAAUCAAGAAGUAAAGCCGUCAGUCGUCACCAACCUAAAAAACUUCAAGAAGAAAUUCCAAAAGAAGAGGGGCCCGUUGCAGGAUAAUUCAUACGAAGAGAUUAACACUGACAGGGGUGAAAAUGAUGAGCACGAGUACCAGGAGAUCACGAGGGAUCUGACCUUUUGUGAUCCACCACUUUCCUCCAGCUGCACUCCUGUGAAGCUGACUGAUGACAUGUUACCCUUAGAAUAUAUGCCACCUCCACCUUUUGCUCCAGGCUACGGACCCACAUGAGAAAAUAGAGUGCAUAAAAUGUAGUGAAUAUGGACAGGUCACAGUGAUCACCUGAAACUAUAAUAAACAAGUGUGUCAAGUCAAGGAAGAGGUUAAUGUGUACAUCAGGGGUGUCAAACUCAAAUACACAGUGGGCCAAAAUU